GGUGUUUCCUUAUUGCAUUUGGGACAAGACCUCCUCCUGACUGGGAGAUGUCCUCAACUCUUCCUGCUGGAAAACUGGAUGCCCAUUUUGACCAAGAGAUUAAGUUGAACUUUACUCACUUUAGAAGGUUGCAAAGAAAAUGAAUCAAGGCUUGAAGGAAAUGUCUGAUUUUAAAAAGUCCGAAGACUAAGGAGAUGAAGGAUCUCUGGCUGAAUUGAUUCAGAUUGACUUUGGCUUCUAAUGUUAAUCCAGCUGUCCCCCACCUGGGGAGUAAAACUGAAUCCUGCAAGAAAAGAGGGUAGAAGAUGAUACAGCCUUUCCAGAGGUGUAGAUGUUACCUGAACAAUUAGUAGACUACCUCGCAGAAAUUCACCCACGAUCUGGAGGACUGAUGUGCUCCGUCAGCUCAGCCACCACGUUAGGAAGUCCAGCUGCAGCUGGAGACUAGGAUGCUGGUCCAGAAGCCUUCUGGGAAGUCCUGAGGACCCUCCACUGUGCUCUCCAGGCCUGGGAGGCCCAGCGCCUGGUGUGCCUAGCUUGUAUGGUGGGACUGCUGGGCUUUGGGCAGAAUCAUGAAACACCAUUCAUCUUACCUAAUAUACACCGUUGCGGGACUUUUGUCCCUAUGGAUUCUCUGUGCAUCUUCCACAAACCAAUGCACUGUGAGACACGAAGUAGCUGACUGCAGCCACUUGAAGCUAACACACAUACCUGAUGACCUUCCCACUAACAUAACAGUGUUGAAUCUUACCCACAAUCAACUAAGAGGGUUACCACCUGCCAACUUUACAAGGUACCGCCACCUUGCUAUCUUGGAUGCAGGAUUUAACUCCAUUUCAAAACUGGAACCAGAACUGUGCCAAAUACUCCUUUUGUUGAAAGUCUUGAACCUGCAACACAAUGAGCUAUCUCAGAUUUCUGAUAAGACUUUUGUCUUCUGCACAAACCUGUUAGAACUCCAUCUGAUGUCUAACUCAAUACACAAAAUUAAAGGCAACCCUUUCAAAAACCAGAAGAACUUAAUCAAAUUAGAUCUGUCCCACAAUGGCUUAUCAUCUACCAAGUUGGGAACUGAGGUCCAACUGGAAAAUCUCCAAGAGCUCCUCUUAUCGAAUAAUAAAAUCCUCGCGCUAAGACGGGAAGAACUUGAUUUUCUUGGCAAUUCUUCUUUACAAAAGUUGGACUUGUCAUCAAAUUUACUUCAAGAGUUUUCUCCAGGGUGUUUUCACGCAAUCCGAAAGUUAAUUGCCUUCCUUUUGAACAACGCCCAACUAAACCUCCACCUCACAGAGAAGCUUUGCUGGGAACUGUCAAACACAAGCAUCCAGAAUCUCUCUCUGGCUAACAACCAGCUGCUAGCAACCAGCCAAAGCACUUUCUCCGGACUGAGGCAGACGAACCUCACCUGGCUCGACCUUUCCUACAACGGUCUGCGUGACAUUGGUAACGAUUCCUUCUCUUGGCUCCCGCACCUGAAGUACCUGUCUCUGGAGUACAAUAACAUACAGUGUUUGUUGCCUCGCUCUCUUUAUGGACUUUCCAACCUGAGGUACCUCAGUUUGAAGCGAGCAUUUACUAAGCAAAGUAUUUCACUUGCUUCACACCCCAAGAUUGAUGAUUUUUCCUUUCAGUGGCUAAAAUGUUUGGAAUAUCUCAACAUGGAUGAUAAUAACAUUCCAGGCACACAAAGCAAUAUGUUCACGGGAUUGGUGAGUCUGAAGUACCUAAGUCUUUCCAAAACAUUCACAAAUCUGCAAACGUUAUCAAAUGAAACAUUUUUGUCACUUGCUCAUUCUCCUUUGCUCGUGCUCAAUUUAACGAAAAAUCACAUCUCAAAAAUAGCGAGUGGUGCGUUCUCUUGGUUGGGCCAACUCCGGAUACUUGACCUUGGCCUUAAUGAAAUUGAGCAAGAACUCACGGGCCAGGAGUGGAGAGGUCUGAGAAAUAUAUUUGAGAUCUACCUGUCCUAUAACAAAUACCUCCAACUCACUAGUAAUUCCUUUGCUUUGGUCCCCAGCCUUCAAAGACUGAUGCUCAGGAGAGUGGCCCUCAAAAAUGUGGCCAUCUCCCCUUCGCCUUUCUGCCCUCUUCACAACUUGACAAUUCUGGACUUAAGCAACAACAACAUAGCCAACAUAAAUGAGGACUUGUUGGAGGGUCUUGAGAAGCUAGAAAUUCUGGAUUUUCAGCACAACAACUUAGCAAGGCUCUGGAAACAUGCAAAUCCUGGUGGUCCCAUUAAUUUCCUGAAAGGUCUGUCUCACCUUCACAUCCUGAAUUUAGAGUCCAACGGCUUAGAUGAAAUCCCAGUCGAGGUGUUCAAGAACUUAUUUGAGCUAAAGAGCAUCAACCUAGGACUGAAUAAUUUAAACAUACUUCUACCAUCUAUUUUUGAUGACCAGACUUCUCUGAGGUCACUGAACCUUCAGAAGAACCUCAUAACGUCCGUUCAGAAGGAUGUUUUUGGGCGAGCUUUUCAAAACCUGAGCACUUUAGAUAUGAGCUUUAAUCCAUUUGACUGUACGUGUGAAAGCAUCGCCUGGUUUGUCAACUGGAUCAAUCAGACCCACACUAAUAUCUCCGAGCUGUCGGCACAUUACCUCUGCAACACUCCACGUCAAUAUCACGGCUUCCCAGUGAAGCUUUUUGAUACGUCAUCCUGUAAAGACAGUGCCCCCUUUGAACUCCUUUUCAUAAUUAAUACCAGUGUGCUGGUGAUUUUCAUACUUACGUCCCUGCUCGUUCACCUCGAGGGCUGGAGGAUAUCUUUUUACUGGAAUGUUUCAGUGCAUCGAAUUCUUGGUUUCAAGGAAAUAGAUGCACAGCCAGAGCAGUUUGAAUAUACAGCAUACAUAAUCCAUGCCCAUAAAGACAGAGACUGGGUCUGGGAACAUUUCUCCCCAAUGGAGGAACAAGACCAAUCUCUCAAAUUUUGCCUGGAAGAAAGGGAUUUUGAAGCAGGUGUUCUUGGACUUGAAGCAAUUGUCAGUAGCAUCAAAAGAAGUAGAAAAAUCAUUUUUGUUAUAACACAUCACCUACUAAAAGACCCUCUAUGCAGAAGAUUCAAGGUUCACCAUGCGGUUCAGCAAGCUAUUGAGCAAAACCUGGAUUCAAUCAUAUUGAUUUUUCUUCAGGAUAUUCCAGAUUAUAAACUAAACCAUGCUCUCUGUUUGCGAAGAGGAAUGUUUAAAUCUCGUUGCAUCUUAAACUGGCCAGUUCAGAAAGAACGAAUAAACGCCUUUCAUCAUAAAUUGCAAGUAGCACUUGGGCUACGGAAUUCAGCACAUUAAAUUUAUUUGGAGAUUAAGUUGGUAAAGGGAUGGAUCUAAUUUAUAAGGGUCCACCAUAAAUCUGACUUUUACUUGAAAGUUUUGUUAUCUGUUUAUAUGUGUAGAUGAUGAUAUUAUUUCAUAAUUGAAUCUCAGUUUUGAAACAUUUUUGCUUAUUUCAGGCUUCUUAUCCGUAACGGGUUUAUUCAUUCCGAAUAAAUUCAUGGGCCGUUAAGGGCAUCAUUUGUUAAUGAAUUCCCAAUUGAUCUCUGAGGUGUAUGAAAACUCCAAAGCGUUUAAAGGGGUUUAAAAAUAUUCUUUAUAUAAAUAAAACUCAGAAUUUUAUAGAUAUAAUUUUAAAAAAAUUGAGUCUUAGGGUGCAGCUCAUGCUGGUCUGGAAAUUAGUAUUUCAAAGAAUGUGGUCUUGAACUCACAGAGAUCUAUCUGCCUCUGUCUCCAGAGUGAUGCUUUUAAAGGCAAGCAGCACUACACCCAGCUACAUAAGCUUUUAUGAUGCUAAUUUUUGAGGCAUUUAUAGGAUAAAAGAUAAUUGCUUUUAUUGGUAUAAGGGUACGUGAAGGGUAACAAGAAUAACAUAUUUUAAAAGUGAGAUUUUGGUUUGUUUUUUUUUUUUUCAGUUGAAAAGCUUUGUAUUUAAUUUUGAUGUUGGUUUUGAUAAAUGUGGAGUCGCUUUUAAAUCUGCAUGCCCAAGAGCAGAAUAUCUUCAUAAUCUUCAUAGUUUCACAGGCCCCAAACCUAUACACAGCUGACUCCAUGACGGAAGUACCAUUUAGGUCAUAAAGCUCAGCACACAGACAGCACCGCCAGCCAAGGUGACAACAAAGAUCUAAUUCAUCAAAGUCCAUAGUUCUGGGAAAGUCUCCAAAUGUACUAACCUUGCCUUUUUGGCUUCUGUAGUUCUGCUUCUGGCUGUCUGUUUUUGUUAACCAAAAUAUGUCAACACGAAUUUGUGUGUGUGUGUGUGUGUGUGUGUGUGUGUGCACUUAAAAGAUCAACCUGAGAAAAGCUUGGGCCUACACUGGGAUCCCAAACACCCAAUGUGGUUGCUAAAUGGCUAAUAAAGACUUUCUGUUGUCUUAAACCCA